AUGAAGUUUUAUGAUAUAAUACCAAUAAAUGUUCUCAAGAAUAAUGGUAAUGGUGCAAAAUCAAUGUUUUUUUCUAAAGCAUAUAAUCCGUCUAUUGCCCUGCGAGAGGGACUUAGUUAUUUCGUCUUUGAAAUAUCAGAUCCGAGUUUUACAUUACGAAUCUUUCACAUACCUAAAAAAAUAUCAAAGAUAAUGAAGUUCGUUACGUUCUUAUUAUUUUUCUUAGUGUCCACCUAUGCAUCUAAUUUUCCAACUAAACAAGAAAUUGCCAAUACGGGGGACUUACCUCGUGUAACUAUACUAAUCAGUAACAUAUCGAAAGAGGCAGAGGGAUAUUUAAGUGGUGGCAACGGUAAUAAAAUGCCAGAUGAGCUAUUUAAAACAUCAGUGGUAACGGACGAGUUCAAGCAGAUGAUACAGAGUUUCGGAAGGGACAACAGAUUAGACCCGUUUGCAUUUGACUUUAAAUAG